UUUUUAGAUCGUUAUGGGAAAAGGUGCUCCACGUGGUAUCCGAACCGCUCGCAAACUGCGAAACCACAGACGUGUUCAAUUGUGGAAUGAUAAAGACUACAAAAAGUCACAUUUGGGAACAGCUCUGAAAGCCAACCCUUUUGGUGGGGCUUCCCAUGCCAAAGGAAUUGUACUCGAGAAGGUCGGCGUGGAGGCCAAGCAGCCGAACUCUGCUAUCAGAAAAUGCGUUCGAGUCCAGCUGAUCAAAAACGGCAAGAAGAUCACAGCUUUCGUGCCCAGGGACGGAUCUCUCAAUUACAUUGAGGAGAACGAUGAGGUUCUGGUUGCCGGAUUUGGUCGAAAGGGUCAUGCCGUCGGAGAUAUUCCCGGUGUGCGGUUCAAGAUCGUGAAAGUCGCCAAUGUCUCGCUUUUGGCCAUCUUCAAAGGAAAGAAGGAGAGGCCCCGAGCUUGAGCAACUGAAAGUCAGAAUGAAAUGAGCAUUAAUUGCUGUUUAUUCCUUAAAUUGAAAUAAAUGUACUCAUUUCAAAA